AUGGAAAACCAGAACCCUUACAAAGAACUAGAUCGAGGUGACUCCCCUCAAAUUCGUUUACUCAAGAUCGAAUCAGCAAAGAGCAACGACGAAGUUAUAAAAGUCAAUCUCUACACCAAGAGCUUGGAUAAAUCGCCUCCUUUCAAAGCUCUUUCAUACGCAUGGGGCGAUAGCAAACAUACCUCACGUAUCCUUCUCAAUGGUAUUCCUUUCGGCGUUACCUGGAAUCUCUACGAUGCCCUGGAAGUUUUACGAUCGAGGUCGAACGAGUACUUUCUAUGGGUAGACGCACUAUGCGUGAACCAGAAAGACGCUUCCGAAAAGGGUCAUCAGGUUUCGCUGAUGACACGCAUCUACUCUCAGGCUCAUGAAGUCUUGUGCUGGCUCGGGCCGUCUACGGAUGACGGUUCAGUUUUGCCGUUUUUACAUAAGUGCGCAGAAAUGGGUCGCGCACAAGAAGUACCCUUGCCUACUCCAGACAUCUUGACAGCUUUCGCAUCUAAGUCGAACGCGAUUCGCAGCAUACUUCACCGGCAGUACUGGUACAGAGUGUGGGUGGUUCAAGAAAACGCAUUAGCCAGGAAACGCCUCUAUUUAUGUGGAAGUCAUGAAAUUAGCAGCGACGAUCUUUAUUGGGGCUUGGCACAGAUAAAAGAUUCUCUCUUUCUGGCACCGAAAUGGCUUUGCAAUGAGUCGUUUUUGCAAGCAGCCGACGACGUCCACAACUUCCACCGCUACAAGAUGCUAGCCAACACUCUCAUAGCACCUCGCAAGCUCUAUAACCAUACAACAUCAGAGUCUCUUUCCCUAUUAAACAAAGUAAUGAUGGAUACCGCUCGGCUUAUGGCUACGGAUCCCCGGGACCAUCUCUACGGCAUCCUAGGUCUGUUUCCUGACCUGACUCACCUGAUCAAGCUGGAUUACAACAAGAGCCCGGAUGCCACUUUCUUGGAUUUCGCCCUACUAACUCUGAAGGAGAAUUCCAGGCUCAUAGCGCGUUCUGGAAUUGGACACAGGUUUUGUACUCGGGGGCGUAGGUCUUGCGACAAUCUGCCGUCGUGGGUCCCAAAUCAUAGCGGGCCUUUUGUUGAGAGUUAUGCCGGUAUCAGCCUUUGGACGAAGAACAGAUAUCUCGAAUUUGAGGCCGGAACUGUCUUUCCACAGGAGCUGAAAUGGCAUGUUGAACCAGUUACCCUGGUUCUUCGUGCCAGUGGUGUAGAGUUGGGCAGGAUUACUUCUGUUUCAAGCCCGAACAUGCUAUUUAACAAGAGAAUGGUCGAGUGGGACUCCUGCGCGGCAACCAAUGCCACAAAUCAUGCCUACAGUACUUAG